CACUACAUAACAAACACCACAUCCUCGUUGUACCCUCCAUUUAUCCACUAUUCCCCUUUUUCAUCUCUCUCUCUCUCUCUCUCUCUCUCUCCAACCACUUUCUCUCUCUUCACUCGCCUCAACUUUUCAUGGCUUCUUCCAUCAUCAAGCCCACGUCCUCCCCCACCUCUCUCCAGCUUCGAUUGGCUUUCACCGCCCCCAAAUUCCCCCUCACUCCGCACUUCAGCCUCCGUAGUCCCAAGCUCAACCCUCGCGUUCGUCCUCUCCGCGCGCAAAACGGCGUUGGGUCGGAAUGGAGCGGGUCGGGUCCCAAACUAGACGGAUUCUCGGGUUGGUCCGAUUCAGAGGGCACUGAACAGUCCAACAAAACUUCUCCGAAAAAGGAGUCAAUUGCAGGAGUUGUAGGAGUAGGAGUAGCAGGAGUGCUUCUUCUUUCAGGGCUUACCUUUGCUGCCUUAUCUCUUGGCAAACGAACUGGUUCCAGACCAGAGCAACACAUGAAGCCGUUGACAACGCAGCAGGAGGAACUUUUGUCUUCUGAUGACCAUAAUGAUGAAAGAACAGAACAAGUGAAUGCUGACAAUGAGGUGGAGCAAGGAAUUGGUAAAAUGGAAGGAAACAUGCCCAACUAUGAUGAUGCUAAGCCACCACACCUUAAUACUGAGCAGCAGGAUGAAAUUACCAAUUCAAGUGGGAGUAUAGGUUCUGGUAUUUCCAAAACCUCUAGUUUGGGUGCUGAUAACGAGAUUGAAACUGAUAGUAUUGUUGUCAAUCCUGAAUCAAAUGACACAAUUUCAGAUCCUAAAUUUUUUAAUGAAGAAGAUCAAGCUAAUAUUCUGUCAGCUUCAAAGAAAGAAAACCUUGACCUGAACAAAAUUCCACUGGCCUCAGCUGAGGGAGAUAAGCCAUCCCUUGAAGAGCAGACUGUUCCGGGAAAUAACCUGUUCGAAAAAUCACACGUCUCAUCAUCAGCCAAUACAUUGGUAGAUGAGCAGGUUAGAAAUGAUUAUGAGGUUGACAAAGAUAUAUAUGAAUCCCCAAAUUCUGGAUCUUUUUACUCUGUUCCUGGUAUUCCCGCUCCAUCAGUAUUUUCUUCAGCUAUACAAGUGCUUCCUGGAAAGGUUUUGGUUCCUGCAGUUGUUGAUCAGGUUCAGGGGCAAGCACUAGCUGCCCUGCAAGUUUUAAAGGUCAUCGAGCCUGAUGUUCAACCUAGUGAUUUAUGUACCCGACGUGAAUAUGCUCGCUGGUUGGUGUCUGCUAGCAGUGCUCUUUCAAGGAGCACAGUUUCAAAAGUGUAUCCUGCCAUGUACAUAGACAACGUUACUGAGCUUGCAUUUGAUGAUAUCACCCCCAAGGACCCUGAUUUUUCUUCCAUUCAAGGUUUGGCAGAAGCUGGACUUAUUGAAAGCAGGCUUUCAAGACAUGAUAUACAGUUGUCAGCUGAUGAAGAUGAUAGCCCAUUUUACUUCUCCCCUGAAAGUCCUUUAUCACGUCAAGAUCUUGUCAGUUGGAAAAUGGCCUUGGAGAAAAGACAGCUUCCUGAAGCUGACAGAAAGAAGCUGUACCAACUUUCUGGUUUUAUAGACACUGAUAAAAUACAUCCUAAUGCAUGCCCUGCACUAGUAGCUGACCUAUCUGCUGGUGAGCAUGGAAUAAUAGCUCUUGCAUUUGGUUAUACAAGAAUGUUCCAGCCAGAUAAACCAGUAACAAAAGCCCAAGCAGCUAUUGCUCUAGCUACUGGAGAUGCUUCUGACUUAGUUAGCGAAGAGCUUGAACGCAUUGAAGCAGAAUCUAUUGCUGAAAAUGCUGUUGCUGCACAUAGUGCUUUAGUAGCUCAAGUUGAGAAGGAUAUUAAUGCAAGUUUUGAGCAGGAGCUUUUCAUAGAAAGGGAAAAGAUCAAUGCUGUUGAAAGAAUGGCUGAAGAGGCAAGACUUGAGUUGGAAAGGUUAAGAUCUGAGAGAGAAGAAGAUAACAUUGCAUUGACAAAGGAACGUGCUGCUAUUGAAUCAGAAAUGGAGGUUUUUUCAAAGUUAAGACAUGAGGUUGAGGAUCAAUUACAAAGCCUUAUGAAUGACAAGGUAGAAAUAGCACAUGAAAAAGAGAGGAUUAGCAAGCUUCGGGAACAAGCAGAAUUUGAAAACAAGGAGAUUGGUCGCUUACAGUAUGAGCUAGAGGUUGAACGAAAAGCGCUGUCCAUGGCCAGGGCUUGGGCAGAGGAUGAAGCCAAACGGGUAAGAGAACAAGCAAGAGCCUUAGACGAGGCUAGAGAUCGUUGGGAGAGGCAUGGAAUCAAAGUGGUAGUUGAUGAUGACCUCCGCAAGGAGGCUUCUGCAGGAGUUACAUGGCUUAAUGCCUCAGAGCAGUUGUCAGUUCAAGGAACAGUUGACAGGGCUGAGAGCUUAUUGGACAGGCUCAAACAUAUGGCAGCAGAUAUCAGAGGAAAAUCUAGAGAUACAAUUGACAAUAUCAUCCAACUAGUUUCCCAAUUUAUAUUAAAAUUGAGGGAGUGGGCAUCCAAAACAGGAAAACAGGCUGAAGUAUUUGGAGAAGCUGCCAUCUCAAAGGCAGCUAAGUCAGCCAAUGAGUUGCAGCAGAGUGCUGUUGAAUUUGGAGUUGCUAUCAAAGAAGGCACAAAGCGAGUUGCCGGUGAUUGUAGAGAAGGCGUUGAGAAAAUGACCCAAAAAUUCACACAGAAGUUCAAGACCUGAUCUUUUCUACAUUGAACCGUGAACAUUUUUCUAGCAUACUGGCUGUUUGAUUGGCCAGAGCUGUAGUUUACUUUUUGUUUUUUUGUUUCCAGUACUUCUUCAAUAGAGACUUUUUGUACCAGACCCGGACACAGGGAAAUUGGCAGUUCUAGCUUCUAAUAACUGCCUUUAGAAGAUCACAACACGUUCAUGUGAAGCUAUGUUUUGUAUAAUUGAAACUAGUAGGAAUUGUAGUUGAGGAAUAAAACCAGUUGUAAUCAACAAAUGGCCAUGUCUGCAGUCCAUCUUGAGAAUGCAAUGAUAUAGUUGUUAGAAUGAAUACUUUUCU